AUGCGCAACUUCCCGCUGCUGAUGUCAUCCGCAUCCCCCUUUACACGAUUCAACCACAAUGUCACUUCUAUCCAACAAACGUUGGGACUGCCGAUCAUGAAUUUCUCACUCAUAUGGGCGGCCUUGGUCGACCCGAGUAAGAUCCUCUCUAUGGCUUUUUCCUUGGUUGUGGUGGGAGAGUCAGUUGCGAGCGUGUCUUCCGACGCGUCUUUCUACCCUCCUCUAGAUUCAAUGUCAUACAUUACAAACUCGAAAUAUGGCACCUACGGUGGUGUCUUCACUGCCUCGACAGAUCGUGAAACGACCGUAAUUAACGGAUCUUAUAAUUAUUGCACAAUGCCUCAUCCCACCGCUGACAACUAUCAACCUCCUUCGCCUGUCCAGAAUGGCUCCGUCGAGGCGCGUUUGAUUUACUUAGAAUACGUGCAAAGACAUCAACGUCGCACCCCUUACAAUAUCUUACCUGGGGGAGAGGAUCAAGAAUAUAAUUGCGAUAACAUUCAUGUCAUAACAGUAUCUUCUACAGUGAAUUCUUCCCUGGAAUCGAUAUCUAUGUACUCCGAAACCUAUACUGAUCCUGCAAACCCAUUUGCCUCUCGCUCCGUCAGUGGAUCAUGCCAAUAUCCACAGCUCACUCUUGGGGGAGUCUUGGAUGGAUACCGGCAUGGAAGGGACCUAUGGGCAGUGUACGGCGAGCAGUUGGGAUUGCUUCCCUCAUCUCCAGACACCAAAGCUGUCUGGUUUCGAGCUAGUGGAUCACCCCUAACACAUGCGUCUGCCGGGGCUGUCCUGAGAGGUAUCUGGCCUAAUUAUGAUGGGCCGCUUCCACUGCAUCAACAAGCAUCAAAUAUUGAUACUGUGGACCAGGGGUUUCCUUGCCCAUCGCGCAGUCGCUUGCUGUCAAAAAUCCAGAGUAAAGAGGAAUGGAACGAACAUAUUCUCGCAACACAGGCCUUGCGCGACCGACUCGCCGCUCUGUUUGAUGCGAACAAAACCGAUUGGAUGACUACUUUCGAUCAUUUCUCUGAUAACUUCCAGGCUCGUAUGUGCAAUGGCUACCGCUUACCAUGCAGUAGAAACGAUCCCUUGAACUGUGCUACCGAAGAAGAUGCAUAUGCUGUCUUUCGGGCUGGAGAUUGGGAGUGGAAUUACUGGUGGCAUCGUAAUCAAAAUGCUUCUCAAUACAUCCAAUUAACAGAAGGUCUUUUCCUCCAAGAGAUAGUUUCACGAUUGGAAGCUAUCGAGGGAAGGAAGCUUGAACGUGCAUAUACACACAAUUUCUUGCAUGAUGGUGAUUUGGGACCAAUUCUUGGUGCCUUGAAUAUUCAGCAGUUGCGGUGGCCUGGGAUGGGCUCCAACAUUGCUUUUGAAGUCUGGUAA